AUGGAUAUUCAUGUUCUUCAAAGCCAGCCCGCCCAGAAGGUCGCGUUUAAAGACUCUUCCACGGUUCGUGUGGAUUUGGUCCGCGGCGGGUUCCAGCCGCGCCUUCCGACUUCGCUGCCGCCCCCAGGGCAGCAGCAGCAGCCGUCGCCGCUACCACGCCGACAGCCCGUCCCGUUGAUGCCUCCCGCGCAGCUUCAUCCGGGAGCGCCCCAGGUGGUCGCUCCGGCGCCUGCGGUCCCUCUUCAGUCGCCACCGCCUUCGGAGCUGAUGGACGUCGACCCCUCAGCCGGGCCGCCUUCCCAAGCGGUGGCUGUGCAGCCUGUCCGGCAGCCGCUUUCCUUGGGCACCCCCAAGGAGUCUGACACCGCAGCGCCUUGUCCGGCGCCCACUCAGCAGCCGUCGACGCAGCGUCAGGAGACGCUGCCUCUCUUCGUGGGUCCCGACGCCCCGUCGCGUCCAGUACCAGAAGCUGCGCCCGUGGUCACAGAUUUGGUCCGCGGCGGGUUCCAGCCGCGCCUUCCGACUUCGCUGCCGCCUCCAGGGCAGCAGCAGCAGCUGUCGCCGCUACCACGCCGACAGCCCGUCCCGUUGAUGCCUCCCGCGCAGCUUCAUCCGGGAGCGCCCCAGGUGGUCGCUCCGGCGCCUGCGGUCCCUCUUCAGUCGCCACCGCCUUCGGAGCUGAUGGACGUCGACCCCUCAGCCGGGCCGCCUUCCCAAGCGGUGGCUGUGCAGCCUGUCCUGCAGCCGCUUUCCUUGGGCACCCCCAAGGAGUCUGACACCGCAGCGCCUUGUCCGGCGCCCACUCAGCAGCCGUCGACGCAGCGUCAGGAGACGCUGCCUCUCUUCGUGGGUCCCGACGCCCCGUCGCGUCCAGUACCAGAAGCUGCGCCCGUGGUCACAGGCUUUCCUCAUCUGUAG